UCCAAAUUAACUGUAAAUUGUGUCCCUUGAUCUUCGAUCUCGGCGUGUUCUUCUCGCCGCUGGUUAAAUUAUCAAUUUACUCGCUUUGUUUCAACGGAGUGGCACCAAAAUGUCGACUACGCAAAUGUUCGCUGAAUUUCAGGCUUUUCUAGACGCUGAUUAUACGCUUCGUGAGGAAAUCCGCGAGCGGGUGAGAGAUCUAGAGCAGACAGCAAGAGAGAUUCAGACUUUACUGCAAGGAAUUCAUCAUCAGACAGACACUGAAAAUGUAGUAAUAUUGUGUGAGAAGACAAAGACUUUGUUUGAGAAAGUAACAGAACAGUUUGAUCUGUUAGCUGCAAAAAUACCUGAGGAUCAGUAUUACAGGUUCCAUGACCACUGGCGAUUUGUCAUGCAACGACUGGCAUAUUUAACAGCUAUGAAAGUCUAUCUUACCCAGGAUCGCUUGAUCACCCUCCAAGAAACAGCAAACCUUUUAGGAGUAAAAAUCAGUAGAAAAGAGGGCUUUCAUCUAGAUCUUGAUGACUUCCUCAUGGGACUUUUGACUAUGGCAUCAGAGCUGAGUCGCUUUGCAGUUAAUGCAGUGGUCUCUGGUGAUGUAUCACGCCCAGUCAAGAUCUCCAGGUUUCUCUCAGAGCUGGAUUCAGGAUUUCGUCUUCUAAACUUGAAAAAUGAUGCACUGCGUAAAAGAUUUGAUUCUUUAAAAUAUUCAGUUCAGAAAGUGGAAGGUGUGGUGUAUGAUUUAUCUAUCAGAAACCUUAUAUCUCAAGAUGGCAGCCCCAACAAGCCUCUGGAGUAAACAAAAGUGGACUUCAGCAAAUCAUAGUGUCAGUUUGCUCAGAUAGGCAGCAAAUUAAGAAAUUGUUUUUAGUUGUUUCUAAUUGCAUUUGUUGUGCCUACAAAAGAAAUUACGAAAAGAGUUGCGUUUUGCGGGUUCAUGUGAUUGAUAAGACACGGACUUUCCUUCAGGAAAGAUGUGUAAACAGUUUGUAAUUUCAGGUGUACUAAUGGCUGUAUCAAACAUUGGUCUGAUAAUCUUGAGCGCAGUCCAAUGCCGCAACAGUUAGUGCCUGUCACCAAUACAGUGAGGAUUGGCUGUCUUGGGUUCAGAUCUCGUCUCGGGCACACUGUUCUUUCUCUGUAUGUGGCAUCUGUUUACAGGGCUGACUGCUUUGCCAUGAUAUAGCCUUAGCUAUCUGCUCGAUGUAAAACACCAAUUUCCCCCUCUGAUGACCUUGAGGAAGGUGUUCUUUAAAUAACACUCCAAAGAUAUCUUUCACAAACGAAAACACUUCACUUAGAAGGCUACUGUACAUUAAUCUGUUAAUCCAAGACUAUGGACACUUACAAAUAUUUUUAAAAAGGAAGAUCCUGAUAGACUUAUUACAAGUUACAAGCAUGUUUUAAGUGCCCUGGUUGACUGACAAUGACAGUGAAAAAGAACCUCUUUGAAAAACAAUUUUUUUUUCAUUUUUUUUUUUUAAGAAAGAAGAUAUUGUCUCCAAUGCCAAAAAAAACAUGAGUCCUUACAAAUUUUUAGAAACAUCUGGUGAAUAGUGAUCCAGUCAGUAGAUAUAUGUACCAGUGAUUCUAUGCUUGUUUCUUCCACAUAAUAUGGAUGUAUCUGUUAAUACUGCACAGCAAAGAAUCCUGCUUUGUGAGUAAGAAGCUGAUUCACUCAAAAAUUAUAGAUUAUUGCUUUGAAGUAAUGCAGUCAUGCAGAAUGUGCAAUACUUUAAAAAUGCUUUGAACAACAUUGGCUAACUAAAAAUUCACUUUAGUGUCUUUAUUUUGGUCACAUUUAUUUCUGACUGCGGAAAAAAGAAAAAAAAUGUUUGUAUAAAAUAAUAAUGCUUUAUUAGACAGUAAUACAUGCAUCACGAAAAGAAUUUUGAACAAAAUAAAGAUUUGAGUUGAGGUAA